CGGGGAGUGAUGCUGCAAGGGCAGCAGAGCUGGGUAACGUGGAGGGGUUUGAUCAGAUUCUGGAGUGGAGGGAAAGGCUGCAGUGCUCCCUGCUACAAAUGGGGAUGGCAGGUAUGCACCCUGCUUCUUGCUCUCAGAAACUGGGGCCCUUCACCCACCGGUGAAGCACCACAGAGCUGGCACAGUGGGCAGUGGCACCAGCCAGUGCCUGCAACACAGGAGGAUACACAUGGCUGCCCACUCUUCAGUGCCAUUGCAGGCAAAUCCUGGCUGGUUAUUUCUGUUUCUUCCAGCAACAAUUUUUUGGGGUGAUUGACAAAUAUUUCUGUUCCUCUCUUGUUUGGAUGUGCCAGAGGAAUGACCCUGGCUCUCCACUUUCCUUCCCAGGCCAAGGACAAGCUUGAGCUCCAGGUUUUUACAGCUGUGCAAGCGUAUGUUGAGGGAAGAGGAGACCUCGGCUGCACAGGGGGCUCGCUCCAGCCCUGGGGGCUUUCUCAGGGUUUGCUUGGCCUCAGUCAUGCGCAUUAGCUGUGGGCUUCUUUGGGACCUGUGAAGGUCCCAAAGCUUGGGUGGAAAUGCCACUGUGCUGCAUGGCGCUGCCGGGUUUUCCUUACUGUUCCUGAGGCAUUCUCAGCUCCUUAAUCUCUAUACCUAGUGGGAGGUAAAAGGCAAUUUCUUAAUUGGUUUCUGGUCAUCAGGCCUCCUGGGAGGUGUUUUACAGCCAUCCUGUCCCGCUUUGGGGCCAUGGGGGUCUCUGGGAGAGCUGAACCUGCCUGUGACAUGCCAGAGGCUGCAGGUGCCGCAUCCAAACACGGCUUCUGGGCUUGCACAAGGUGGGGGCAAGCAAAGAGCUGAGGACGCACAUCACCUUGCCUGGGAACCUCAGCUCGUUAAGAUUUAAGGUGCCAGGCUUUGGACAGCUCCUGAUGAACCGCCUUGAGAGAUUUGAAGGCAUUCUGCAUGCCCAAAACCUGAAAGAGGGGUUAAUGCAAAGAGCCUGGCACUGAGCAGCUUCCUGUCCAUAACCUGCUGUGUAUGUGGUCAUGUGUUAACCUGGGAUCAAAGAUCCUGUGCAGUCUCCUGGCUGGGCUAGAUUGAGCUCAGGGAUCUGCUUUCUCUUGCCCUUCACGGGCGUCUCCUGUGAGCAGCAGCACGGGGGCUGCCCGAGAUGCUCCUGAGCCCCUCAUUGAGCAGAGUAGGGUGUCUUUGGAGGGACAUUUUGGGCAGAGCAGAGCUCUUUGGAGGGGCAGCAGCAGCAAACAUCUCCAGUUUAAGCUGGGCAAAAGCCCCCAGCUCUUGUCUUGUACCCAAGCAUGGGAAUGUGCAACAUCAUUUGGCUCACUGGUGCUGCAUCCCAGCCCAGACUUGCACUGAAAAGGGAUGAGGAGACCCCAAAAUACUGAGCAAACAGAGCCUUAACAGCUGAACCCCUGCUCUGCAACAUCUUAUUUUUACCUAUCCCAUCAACAUCUCAGCAGCCACUGCGAGUCAGCCCUGUCUGCCUUUGCUGCUUGCCCAGGCAGGUGCCUGCCCCAGCGGCCACCAUGACCCUGGGCCAUGGCUGAAAGGUGAUGCAGCAGAGUUGUUUCCUAGGGGCAGAACGAGUUGAUACAUGUGUUGGUGUGUGAACUUGUCUAUAAACAAAUUCUGCUCAAAUUACUGUUAUUUUUCAUCCCUCGAAUGAAAAACGAGGGGGAGAGUAGGGGGCCCUGAGCAGCGCAUCACGGUUUCUGAGAUCUAUCUCCUACAGUUUCACAAGCACUCUUCCCUGUGCAACCCUAGCUGUGGAGGGUUGUGGGAAAAAAAAACCAUAACAACCUAAACGAGUGGUUACAUGUAGGAAAAUCAAGUUUAACUGAGCCCGUGAGCUUAGAAUAGAGGGCUUAGUUUGCUCCCAAUAACAGUGAGGGGUCAGGGGUUGAGCUGGGUUUGGUCUGGCUGUGCUGCAGUGCCACGUUUCGUAAGCAGGACGUGGAAACGGAAGGACACCAAGGAUCUUUUUUACCUACCCUGGGGACACUGUGAGCAGCUGGUGCACCCAGUAUUCCCCAGGGAACGUGCACCACUAGUGCUGGCCUCUUGCUGGCCAGAGACCCCUCCUUGCUACCCGCAGGUGGCAGGAUGCUGGGCUGGAUUGAGUGGGUGGUUCCCCAGCCCCCGGUGCUCCAUGUGACAGAGGAGACCCCACCAGCCCCGUUGCAGGACCUGGAGCCAGCUAAGGUGAGCAGGGACCCAGUUUGGGAGGUACUAGGGACCCCACAAGUGUGGUGGAGAGAUGCCUGGUGCCUCUGCAUCCAGCCGUGGCAUUGCGGCACCCAGGGGUACUCUGCAGCAUCCCUGGGAGGGAUGGGGGCCAGGAUGCAUCCCCGCUCCAAGGCACCUAUGGGAAAGGCUGGUGGCCCUGGGGAUGCUGCUGAACGCACACAGAUGAAAGCCUUCCCUGGCAGCGUGGGGAGCAGUGUGCUCUCCUGGCUCUCCCAGGGGCUGGAGAAGGUGAUUCCCCAGCCAGUCCAGGCCCCAGGGAUGCUGCAGGCACAGGCACUCAGGAAGAGCUUUGAGACUAGCAUUGACGUUCCCGAUCAGACGGAGGUCCAGAUCCUCAGAGACGAGGAAGAGGAUGCGCUGGAUAUAAGACCCUUUGAUCUGGAGGAGGAUGAGGUGGACGUCUGCGAGCCUGAGGCUGGCUUGGAUACUGGCACGGAGGAGUGGGCAGGAGUGCAGGUGCUCAGCUGGCUGGUGCAGGGCUUCAAGAGGAUGGUGCCGCAGCCAGAUAUGCUGAAAAAGUCAGAGCCAGAGCCGAAGGAGCAGAAGUGCAAAGCCACGGUGGGAGGCACAAAAGGGACUAAAACCCAGGCAAAGUCCAAAAGCAGUGUUUCAGCUGCCCAGAACAUCCCAGGAGCAGUGGAGCUGGCAGUGGCCGAGGGGCAGCCUGAGCCAGUGGCCACCCUCAUCCCUCAGUCCCUGGCUGGGGACAGCAGCAGGGUGUUUUCUUGGUUGGUCCAGGGGCUGGAGAAGGUGAUGCCACAGCCAGUGACCAGGGAGAAGCAGGACACAGAGGGAGUAGCCACAGCAACCUCGAGUCCUGUGGAAGAAAGUAAGUGGUUGCUCCAUCUCACUAUGCUGGUUAGCUUGCCUGAGGUCAGAAAGGUGGUUGGGAAGAGGGGUCACUGGUGCCUUUUAUCCCCUGGUUUGCCAUGGGUGCCAGCUCAGGAGCCCCUGAAAUCCCUCAGAGAAGCCUUGAGAGGCUUUCAUAUAGUCCCUGGGGAACCGAAGGAGACUGACCUCGUCCUGGAAGAGAUCGAUGAUGGCUGGAUUAAUGAAGCCACAUGUGAAAUGGUGGCCUGGGGUCGUGAGGCUGAGCUGGUGGCAGAUGCUCAUCCCCUUCCCCCCAUACAGGAGGAACCUCAGGAAGAAGAAAACAGACACUGGUUGUGCUCCCUGAGUGCUGCUGAGGAGGAGGAGGUAAAGGAGGAGGAGAAAAAGGAGGAGAGUGCAGGACCCCUGCUCUGGUCGCCUUGUCUCCCCCAUGAUGAGGGCAUGGAUGAAGUCUACUUUGCAGAGGAGGACCUCAGGUUUGAGCAGCUGGAAGAAGCUGAGAUAAGUGAUCUCGAAGGCAAUUACCCAGCUGUGGACAUCAAGGAUGUGGACAGUGGAGGCGAUGCUCUGGAGAAGGAUGGUGCCCACUUACCGGUGCCCACCACCGGUGCUCCUAACAUGCUGGCAGUGCCCGGCAUGGCGCCAGCAUCCCCCAGGAAAAAGCUGCUGGCCCCAGCAGAUAGUCUGGAGGAGGGACUGGUGAGCCAGUUUCCCACCCAAGCACUCCUGGGCUGGGACAAGGAGCAGAGGGAAAGCCUCCCUGAGCGCAUCAGUUCAGCCACAAGCGUGAGCAGCACCAUCAUCAACAACAGGCUCCAGGAGCUGGUGAAGCUCUUCAAAGAGAGGACUGAGAAGGUGAAGGAGAAGCUAACUGACCCUGAUGUCAGCUCAGAUGACGAAAGCCCUGCAGCAUCCCCUGCCAAGCCGGCACCUGCAGCAGCACUGGUGCUUCCCCUGGGAGGGAAGCCAGAGGAGGACAAGCCAUCAGGGGAUGAGCACUACUGUGAGAUGCUGUGCUGCACAUUCAAAUACCGGCCCUGGCUGGACUGCCUGAAAAACUACCGGUUCCCCAGCAGCAUCGACCCACUCACCAACCUGAUGUACGUCCUGUGGCUGUUCUUCGUUGUCAUGGCCUGGAACUGGAACUGCUGGCUGAUCCCCAUCCGCUGGGCUUUCCCCUACCAGACGCCGGCGAACAUCCACUACUGGCUGCUUGUGGACUACGUCUGUGACCUCAUCUAUCUGCUGGACAUCCUUGUCUUUCAGACUCGGCUGCAGUUUGUCCGGGGGGGAGAUAUAAUAACCGAUAAGAAGGCCAUGAAAGCGAACUACCUGCGAUCACGGCGCUUUAAGAUGGAUGUGGUAUGCCUCCUGCCCCUGGAUUUCUUCUAUUUCAAAGUCGGUGUCAACCCACUUCUACGUUUUCCUCGCUGUCUGAAGUACUUGGCCUUCUUCGAGUUCAACAACCGCCUGGAGGCUAUCCUGAGCAAGGCGUACAUCUACAGAGUGAUUCGGACAACUGCCUAUUUGCUGUACAGCUUGCAUGUGAAUUCCUGCCUCUAUUACUGGGCAUCAGCCUAUGAAGGACUGGGCUCUACCACCUGGGUCUACGAUGGGGAAGGAAACAGCUACAUCCGCUGCUACUACUGGGCAGUCAAAACCCUCAUCACCAUCGGGGGCCUGCCAGACCCCAGGACCCUGUUUGAGAUUGUCUUUCAGCUGUUGAACUAUUUCACAGGCGUCUUUGCUUUCUCCGUCAUGAUAGGGCAGAUGAGAGAUGUGGUCGGUGCCGCUACUGCAGGGCAAACUUACUAUCGGAGCUGCAUGGACAGUACCAUUAAAUACAUGAACUUCUACAAAAUCCCCAAAACCGUUCAGAACCGGGUGAAAACAUGGUACGAGUACACAUGGCAUUCACAAGGCAUGCUAGAUGAGUCAGAGCUGCUGGUGCAGCUGCCAGACAAGAUGAGGCUGGACAUGGCCAUCGACGUGAACUACAACAUCGUGAGCAAAGUGGCCCUCUUUCAGGGCUGUGACAGGCAGAUGAUCUUCGAUAUGCUGAAGCGGCUCAGAUCAGUGGUCUACCUGCCUAAUGACUACGUUUGUAAGAAGGGAGAAAUUGGCCGUGAAAUGUACAUUAUUCAGGCAGGACAAGUGCAGGUGCUGGGGGGACCUGACGGCAAAACGGUGCUGGUGACUCUGAAAGCUGGAUCUGUGUUUGGAGAAAUAAGCUUGCUGGCGGCAGGAGGGGGAAAUCGCCGAACAGCAAAUGUCAUAGCUCAUGGCUUCGCUAACCUCUUCAUUUUGGAUAAGAAGGACUUGAACGAGAUUUUGGUGCAUUAUCCGGAGUCUCAGAAGCUGCUGCGUAAAAAGGCCAAGAAAAUGCUGAAAAACAACAAUAAGCCCAAAGAUGAGAAGGGAGCACCUGGAGACCCUCUGAUCAUCCCCCCAAAAGCUGACACUCCAAAGCUGUUCCAAGCUGCCCUGGCUGCCGCAGGGAGGAUGGGGGGCAAAGGGCCGCUGGCGCAGCUCCGUUGGAGGCUGAAGGAGCUGAAGGCGAUGCAGGAGAUGCAGGGCUCUAGCUUUAGUCCGAUCCCACCAAAAUCACCAGUGCACCAGAGAUCACCUGUCAGCUCCCACAAAGCACGUACCCACCUGGGAGAAGAAAUAUUCUCAAAAUCUUCUGACAGUUUAGUCACCAUUCAUGUGAUUUCUACAGCACAAGAAGAUGAAGAAAUCCUUGCUGCUGAGAUUUUGGAGAAAGAAGAAAAAGAAGAGAAAUGAAAAACAAGCAGGUCCUGGGGCAGGAGUAGGGGUCAGGCAAAUGCCUGGGGUAGAAGCUUUUUGUUGUUAACAAUUUCCACAGUGGCUGUAGGCUUAGCUAAGUGCUGUGGGUAGGAUCUGCUUUUCUGCCUAGACCUUCACUCACUGUUGAUAAAACCCUCUGCCAUAUGACUCAGACUGAUACAAGGUUUCUGUGCUCUGGAGAUGUAUUUUUAUCGGGCAUCUUCAUGGCUAUUCCCACUAAAUCUCAGGCCAGCCCUUUUGCUUCAAAAUUGAGCCUUACAGAGAGGGAGCCCUGAAGAAAUUGCUUUUUAUGGCUCUGGAUGGUUAAUGAGUGUUCAGGUGGAGCAUGAAGAGUUAUUCACCUCUGACAGCUGAGUCACCGCUUGCCAGAAACAACCAGGGGGAAAAAAAAACAACAAGAUUUCUCUGUUGGGUUCAAGGUUGUGAGCAGCAGCUGGAGAGUGAUUCAUCCAAAAAGGAUGUCGACUAUGCUCACAGGCCAAGCACAGACUGAAUCACACUGUCACAAGAAGGCUGAGGUCCAUCACGGUGUGCAUAGGCUGUAAGAUGCUUGAGGUUCCCUGUAUGGUACCAAGACCAGCUUGGGUUUGCUGCUGAGAAGAGGAGUUCCGCGGGGUGGACGGCUGGCAGGCGGUGGUGGGCUCUCCAUUGCUGGUGGCUGUUAUGGAGAGAUAAGCAUCUUUCAGGGAUGGAGAAGCACAGUCCUGGAUGAGGAUGUGCUCCCGGAGAUCCCUUCCAGCCCUGCGUUUCCAUGGGUGCACCAACUACCUGCUGCCAGAGGGAUAGAAUGAGUGCAGGAAUGGAGACCCAUGUCGAUUUCCAGCUGGGAUGGGAAAGAAGUGCAGUAAGUGCUCUCCUCUCCCAGCCAAUGUUUCAGAGUCAGGCCAGAGCCCAUAGUGUGCAAACAUGUGUGCACAAGAAUGCAGGCGGUCCGCUGCACUCAUUGCUGGACCUCGGCGGCCUGCCACGUUUCCAGCAGCCAAUUUCCAGCCCCUUUUGGUCACUUCUCCCAUGAAGAAGCCCCUCUGGUCUUGCUCAUCACUGCAGUGGGGCACUUGUGAAGGUACUCCCCCAAUCACGCUGGGACCAGGUGGUGGAUGGGAAGGUGAAUGUCUGGUCAGCAGUGAGCACACCCAACUGAUGGCUCAAGGUGUCCUGUCUUCCUCCAGCACCACCUGUUCCUUGUCUUCCUCAAACCCAGCGCCAACUGGAGAAAGCUGCUGGUGAUCUGAGAGGUGGCAAAUAGUGGUGGGCAAGAUGGUGCCAGAUGAGACGAUGCAGACCCUCCCCAGGGCUUCAGCUGGCCAGGUCACUGUGGCACUGAUGGCUCCAUUGAGAGGAGCCGGUUUCCAUCUUCCAGAGGAAAAGCUGGGGCAGGUUUUGCCACAGGGAGCAGCCCUGGAGCCAUGGCCAAGGGACUUUUCAGGUGUUCAGCAAAUACUGUGAGCAGUGCUGCAGGUUUUGCAGGUCUGGCCAUGAGGCGGCCAGGCUGUUCAUGAAGGGCGUCAGCAUCGGCGUUGCCCCUGUACGUGAAAGAACCCUCUACCCAUCAACAGCCUGGGGCUGUUCUUCACCUUCUAUGGGGGCUUCUUAUUUAGUUGCGUUUUCUCCCUCUUUUGCAAAAUAGAUGGGUUUCUGUGACAGAAAAAGCCAGAAUAUAUGUUAGUGUUAAUUUACAAUGGCUUGCUCCCUUUCAAACAAGUUUAAUGAACUCCAGCAUAAUGCAGGAGGGUCUGAAGCCACCACUGCCCUUAACCUUGCAGAAGAAAACCUGGACUCACCCAAACCUCCCUAAAUAUUUCUCAUCCUCAGUCAUCUGCAAGUGGUUUCCUGCUGGGUAGAAGGUUUUGGCGGGGAGUACAAAGUAUUUUUUUUUCACUAUAUAAAUAUUUAUAUAAUCAAACCAGGAAAUGUGCAAAAGGCAAACUAGGGUUCUGAUUUGCUGCUGCAAUUUGAUAUGGUUUAGAAAAAGUGUUUACUGGCUGUAAUGGUUUUCAUAAUUCACUAUCUCUACGAUAAACACCACAUAGAUUACCAUUCAUUUGCUAUGGAUUUAUUUGGUUUUAAUUUAUUUUAUUUUAGUUGUUUUCUAUCUUUUUGCUCACUGAUGCACCGAUGGAGCCAGGAAGGUCCCCAUGCAUGGUUCAGAGACUUUCCAAUAAACUUUUUAGAGACUCAGAGGUCACCUAAUACUGCUAGUACAAUUGUAUUAUUUUUUGAAUCACCAGAAGGAGGGAAAAAAUCUUUGUUAGAUGGCAAAUACUUGCAUGAAGAUCUUAGUUUUCAACAUGCAGCAUUAGAUAUUGACGGAUACAUAACUGGUAAUUCCAGAACCACAGGGAGAUUUGAAGUUAUCCUCCUGAGAUCUGUUUAUGGCUUUAGUUCUUUAGAGAGAUUAUUCUUCAGGUAAUAAUUAAGGUCAAGGUAGGAUUGGGCUUACAGGCUGGGUUAGAGAGUUGAGCUCAGAUCUAUUAGUUG